AUGACCACCUUUCUACAAGAUAUACCCGAAAUAGGGCUAACUUUUACACAUUCGCCCAUAGUUGACUCAGCAUUGGCGCACACAAAAGAGCAUUGCAGUCCUUCCAUAUACAACCACGCCGUCCGCGCCGCGUACUGGGCCACUAUCAUUGCAAAAAAGGGCGAAUCACUCAGUUCCUCCAGUUUGGAUUUAGAAAUACUCCUACUGAGCUGCAUACUUCACGACAUGGGAUGGUCAGAAACGGCCCCGCUAAUCUCAGAGGACAAGCGGUUCGAGGUGGACGGCGCGAACAUUGCACGAGACUUUCUUCUCAAGAACAAACAGCAAUACAGGGCAGAAAAUGGAGAUGUUUGGGGCGAAAACAGGAUUCAGCGCUGUUGGGACGCUAUUGCUUUGCACACUACACCAUCUAUUGCAGCACAUGCUGCACCCGAAGUGGCUCUCACAAACAUGGGAGUUGCUGCUGACUUCAUGGGACCGGCAUUCCCGAACGGACCAGGGAAAGAUAAUGUCAUAACAAUAGAGGAAUAUCGUGCCGUUAUGGUAUUAUUUCCUCGAUUGGACUUUACUGCCACUGGGUUGAAGCAGGUCAUGUGUGGCUUGUGUCGUAGGAAGCCCGUCACAACUUACGAUAACUUUGUAGGUAUAUUCGGUUUGAAGUUUGGUAUUGAUGGCAAAGGGGCUGGGAAAGAAGACUUUGAGAGAGACUGGGAGGAGAAUCAGGCUGUUAACUUUUUGGUAUCGGGGCUCAAUUCAUUGCAACAGCUGGACACACAGCUCUAG